UGGGCAGACUUGCCUGACCCAGGGGAGGGGGCCAGGUGGCCCGAGCCCUCUUUCCUGGGUGCAGCAGGCACCACGUCCUCAGGCGCGUUGGCACGGGUUAACAGUGGGCGCCGGCAGGAGGGGCCGUGGGACCGGCAGCAGUGAGGGAGUUAACUGCAGCAGCUGCCUUCUUUCGGCAAGAAAAACUUCCCCUGGAUGCUGUGCUGCUGGCCUCCCGCCAAGGACCAAGCAGGAGCUGAAAACUGGAAGCUGAGGCGUGAGCGACUCUGCCUCCAGAGUGAACGCUGGGGAGCGCAGCAGCCGCCAGCCGCCUGCUGUCUGUCCGCGCGCCCGCCUGUCUGUCUGCUGCCCGCUGUUUAGACCUGUCUGUCUGUCUACCCAUCUGUGAGCCCAUCUCUGUCUGACCAUCCUUCACUUAGUGUCCUCUCUGUCCAUCUGCUUGUCUGUCUCUGACUCCACUUGUCAUCUUUCCAGUCAUCUGUGGGUCCACCUGCAUCUUCUUGUCCAUCCAUCUGUCCAUCUGUCUGGCCGUCUGUCUGCCCACCGGCCUCCCCUCUGCCCCUGGCCGUGGAGCCAUGGCCUGGGGCCAUAGGACCAUGGUCAGCCUGGCCUUGGUGGGGCUGGGACUGGCGCUGGCUGUCAUCGUGCUGGCUGUGCUCCUCUCUCACCACCAGGCCCGCUGUGGCCCCCCAGCCUUUGCCCAUGCUGCGGUGGCUGCUGACUCCAAGGUCUGCUCGGACAUUGGACGAGCCAUCCUCCAGCGGCAGGGCUCACCUGUGGACGCCACCAUAGCAGCUCUGGUCUGCACUGGCAUCGUCAACCCUCAGAGCAUGGGCCUUGGCGGAGGGGUCAUCUUUACCAUCUACAAUGCAACAACAGGGAAGGUGGACAUCAUCAACGCCCGGGAGACAGUGCCGUCCAGAUCCCCACCUGGCCUGCUGGGCCAGUGCGCCACAGCCCAGCCACUGGGCACAGGGACCCAGUGGAUUGGGGUGCCCGGGGAGCUCCGCGGCUACGCCGAGGCCCACCGCCGCCACGGCCGCCUGCCCUGGGCACAGCUGUUCCAGCCCACCAUCGCACUGCUCCGAGGGGGCCACCGCGUGCCCCCCGUCCUCAGCCAGUUCCUGAACCACAGCUUCCUGCGGCCUGCCCUGCAAGUGUCCAGCCUGAGGCAGCUCUUCUUCAACGGGACAGAACCGCUGAGGCCUCAGGACCCACUCCCGUGGCCUGCGCUGGCCACCACCCUGGAGACGGUGGCCAUGGAGGGUGCGGAGGCCUUCUACACAGGCAGGCUGGGCCGCAUGCUGGUGGAGGACGCUGCCCAGGAAGGGAGCAUUCUGACCCUGCGGGACCUGGCCGAGUUCCAGCCUGAAGUGGUGGACGCGCUGCAGGUGCCCGUGGGGGACUACACGCUGUACUCGCCGCCGCCGCCUGCAGGGGGCGCCAUUCUCGGCUUCGUCCUCAACGUGCUGAGAGGGUUCAACUUCUCGGCAGAGUCGGUGGCCAGCCCCGAGGGAAGCGUGAACAUGUACCACCACCUCGUGGAGACGCUCAAGUUUGCCGAGGGGCAGAGGUGGCGGCUGUGGGACCCUCGCAGCCACCCAGAGGUCCAGAACGCCUCCCGAGACCUGCUGGGAGAGGCUUUUGCACAGCACAUCCGCCAGCAGAUCGAUGGCCGUGGGGACCACCAGCCCAGCCACUACCACCUGGCCGGGCCCUGGGGCCACAGGAUGGGCACAGCCCACGUGUCUGUGCUGGCGGAGGACGGCAGUGCCGUGGCAGCCACCAGCACCAUCAACACACCCUUUGGAGCGAUGGUGUACUCACCGCAGACAGGCAUCCUCCUCAACAACGAGCUCCUUGACUUAUGCUGGAGACACCGCCCAGGCUCCAGCGUCACCCCCCAACCCGUUCCAGGUGAACGGCCCCCAUCGUCCAUGGUUCCCUCCAUCUUGAUCAAUGAAGCCCAGGGGUCGAAGCUGGUGAUUGGUGGGGCUGGCGGGGAGCUCAUCAUCUCUGCCGUGGCCCAGGCCAUCAUGAACAAACUGUGGCUUGGCUUUGACCUGAGAGCGGCCAUUGCAGCCCCCAUCCUGCACGUCGACAGCGAGGGCCAUGUGUCGUACGAGCCAAACUUCAGCCAGGAGGUGCAGAGGGGGCUCAGAGGCCGUGGCCAGAGCCAGGCCCUGAGGCCCCACUUCCUGAACGUGGUGCAGGCCGUGUCCCGGGAGGGCGCCUGCGUCUACGCUGCAUCGGACGUGAGGAAGCAUGGGGAGGCCACGGGCUACUGAAGAGACUGCUCUGCCCAGAUCUGGGACCUGGCCAGCAGUUAGCCCUGCACCCAGGCGGGAUGUGGCCAGGGGACCAAGCACUCUGGUAGUAUCUGUACCGCUGGCUGGGGUCCAGCUGGGACUGGAAGAGGUGGGGAUCAGCCUCGAAGAUGGACAACGAUGGGGGCUGGGCCUCACACUCUACCCCCUCCCUGGGCCCCUUGUGGCCCUGUCCACCCACCCCUGUCCCUCCACAGGCCUCUGGCCGGGUCACUCGCCCACCCUCCCUACAUGUAGAUCCCCCAGUCCAAGAUUAAAGA